AGAGGGAUCUCGAAUUUGAAGUAAAUAGUAAAUUUAUUGAACCACUAGGCCUACUAAAAUAAAGAUUACAAAGUGUGUUUUUACUAUACUAGAUAUCUAGCUAAAUGAUAGUAAAUGAAUCAUGUCUAAACCGGCACCAGGUAUUAAAUAUUAAAUUCGCUUAAACGAUAUUUUAACAAAUAUAUAUUGCAAAAUACGAUUAAAAGUAAAACGCACACACGGCGAUACGGCGAUGGUGACUUAGUGACUUAUUAUUUAAAAUCGUCUUAUCUUAAAAAAGUUAAAUAAAAUACUAAUAGUAUAGAUAGACAUUGAUAUAUUUUAGUAACUUAAGUUCAACUUAUUUCAAACGCAGUAUUAAUCAAGUAAUGCCGUUCUGUACCAGUGUACCAAUAAUAAUACUACAAGAUUUAAACAAAAUAAGGACUUCUAAGCGACAAAUCAAAUCAAGGGACUCAACUCAUCUAAAGCCUAAAUACAUCAAUCUCAUGAAUAUGCAUAAUGCAACACAAAUCACUUUGAGAUCUGCAUUCGAACCAUGGACAACAAGUUUAAGACCCCUGAUUUAAUACAGUCACUAAUAGUAAAUAUUACUGUUUGAAUAUUGAUUAUUCUCAUCACUUAGUUUAUUUAAUAAUUCACUAUCACUAAAAUAUUUAUUAUAAGCAGGUAUAUUGGUAUAAUAAAAAUAUGACAGAACCAAUCACAUAUUAGUAAUCAUUUUAAUGAAAAGAUAUUUUUUAUUUACCUACAUAAAUGUUUUUAAUUUUCCUAUAUAAAUCAUUAAAUGUUGAUAUACCUUUUUUUUAAAUUCUCAUUAUCACAGUCACUGCAGGUGUUAAUGCUGAAAAUCAUACAGUAAGCUUUAAGAUUGCAAAUGAUUUCCUAACGCGAAAACCAUCAUUUACAUUUGCAAUCAAAACAGUUAAUGAGUAAGUAAUUUUCUGAUUAGGAUUUUAAAACUCUGAUAGUUGAUGCUGUAAGGAGUUAUACAAAUUAAAUGUAUAUAAAUAUCAUAUGAGAAAAAUAAGAAUAUUCAAGACAAUAAUGACACAUUUUUCACAAUUUUAUUUUCUAUUUUUUCCAAUUGUUUAUUCCCUAGGACCCAGAAACAAGCUGAAUUUCAGAUAACAGUUGAAGAUAAAGUUGUGGCAAGUCAUGUUUCUGCAGUUUUUCCUUCAGGUACAAUAACUGUGGUAUGUAUAAGACUUGAUUUUAAGUUUAAGACCCUCCUUAAUUUUUUUUCUUUGUCAUUCAUAAGUCUUUACCCUAAAAAUGCCAAGAAAGAAAACAGGGGUAUAAUAACUAGUCCAAUUGGCUUAAUAGAGCAAGUAUCUUUAAGGGUGACAUCAUUCUACUUUUUAUGAACUGCUCUGGAAAAAGCAAUAACAUUAAUGAAAGGAAAUGUCUUUGAAGUUGAGUUUUUCUAUAUUCUAUAUGCUAAAAUUAUUAUUCUAUUGGAAAAGAUAUUUUUAUUUUUACAAUUCUUAUGUAUUGUUUUUAAAAAUCAUAAAGACUGUAUACCCGGUAUAAAAUAAUUUAAGAUAAAACUAUCUAAAAACAGUUACUUACCAUAUUUAUUUUGUAAGGAUACCUAUUGAUUUGUUUUGUUAGAGUACAUUUUUUUUUUAAAGAGAAGUUAUUUCUUUUCUAUAGUAAGUUAUUUGUUCUAAUGUAUAAAUACUUUUUUUGUGUGCUUGUUAAGAUAACAGAGUUAUCUUCAUUGUGUUAUCUUAUUAAAUUUAGGACACUUAUUUUUCAGCGUCAUAAAAAGCUAGAAAACAACUUCUAUGUGGUCAAGCUGGAACACCCAAAAGGUAUAGCCCUGGAAGAUUAUUUUAAAUGACAUUUGUAAAGUUGUUAAGUUAGGAAUUUUCAAGUAAAGCAAGCAUUUACAUCACUGUUUCGAAGAGGAUUUACAUAUCUUAGAUAUUUUUCAGAAAUAUAGAAGUGUUGAUGGGCAUUGGUACUAAUUUAUAAAAGAAUUGAAUCAUUUACAGUAAGUGCUUGUUCUUUUUAAAAACAAGUCUGCCCCUGUCUGUGUGGCCAGAGUUGUCACAUGAUAUGCUAUUUUAAAAUACAGUUAUUCUGAGUUAUAGCAUAAAACAAUAAUUAUUAAGUUCAUUUCAAAAACACACUUCAUCCCUAUUUAUCAACUAUCAGAAUUUUAAAAACCUAUAUACAAAAAAAAACAUAUUUUGUAUCACCCUUAAUGUAAAUUCUAUUAAAAAUUGCUGUAAUUUACUGUAAUGGAAUAAAAUCAAUAAGCUAUUUCCAAUGGAAAUUUGAGAAGUCUAAGUUUACAUUCGUUGUUACUAAAUAAAGAAAAAACAAAGAACUGAGUGUAAGCUACAGGCUGCUUUGUCUCUUUUAAGUUAACAAUACUAAGUUGUUGAAAAAAAAUACACCAUUAACAAUAAAAGCUCUGGAGGUGCUACAGCUACAGUCAUAAAUAUGUAUUACAUUCUAUGUACAAUAUAUGGAUUUUCUUUAGAAAGUUAACUAUUGAUAAAUAACUACAAUUUAAAAAAAAAAAUGUUAUCAAAAGAUAGAACUGAUGAUUUAGAUUUCUAAUUUGAGCUUUGAAUACUUAAGACCAGAAGAAUGUUUACCCUCCUAAGGGCAAGUGGUUGAAAAAGUCAGUGUAGAAUAUAUUUUCAAGCAGUUUAAUAGUAGUAUUUGAAGACCACUGAUACAAACAUAAGCCGACUAUGUGCAAUAUAAAUUGUUGCACCGGUAAUUUGAAAUAUCCUGUUCACACAUUUCUUAUUGAAAUGUCCACCUUUUUUGUUGAUAACAUAAUUUAUAUGAUUGUAUGCAUGCUUAUCAUUUUUUUUAUCCAAAUGCUAAAACAAAAUCCCUUCAAGAUCAUUUACCCAUAUUUUUUCAACCCAUAUCAAUAUGUUUUCACAUCAAUCUGUACAAUCUGUUGCUUUAAAGACAUAGUAACAUUUUAAGUAAAGUAGUUAUAAUUAGGUUUGUAACAAACAUUGACUUGAAAUAUUUGGCACAAGAUCAAUGAAAUUCAAGCACACAAGUAUUUUAAAAAAAUUGGUUGAAUUAUGAAUUAUUUCACAUAACUCCAGUGUAAACACAUCUUUAUGAAGUUUUUACUACUCAUCAGUGAGAAACCUCCGUCUUAGCAGUUUUUCAAAAAGGUAAUAAGGGGAGAGGCUGCAAUCAGGUUAGCAAAAAGGAAAUGAGCAAAACAAACAUAUGUUCAAAAGAAUUCUUUUGCUGCCCUCUCGGAUACUAGUUCUGAGCUAAGUGCUAUUUUUUAAUUAAAUUCCAUUUUUAUUAUUGUUUUUUCACUGACAAAGUCUUCCUCAUGACAUUUUUGUUGUUUUGUUGCGUUCUUUUUUUCAGGUUUGACCAUACUUUGUUUUACUCAUUUGCAAUUUUGUAGCAGGAUUCAGAUUCAGGCUGUUUUCUGGGUCUAUUAUCACAGCUACAGGUUUAAUUAAUUAUGACAAGUGACAUUGUGUUGCCUGUGAUGUACGGCUCAGUCAAAGACAAAUAUAUUUUUUCAAACAGUGAAUAAACAAAAGAAGAAAACAAACUGUCUAGAAAACAGCUCUGUGUAAUAAUUACAUUUGAAACUUUUUUUUUUUUUUUGCCUCUGUUUGUGCAGGGGAGAUAAUAGUCCUUUGAAACCGAUUUAAAGACACAUUUCUUUCGCAAACACCUUCUGGGAUGAUUGUCUACCUUAUUUUCCAGUUAAUGCAUAAUGGCUGUGUUGCUUAUGGUUGAAAUGGCUUGAAAGACUUUGACGUUGUAUGCUUGUAAUUAGUUUUUGUAGUGUUGCGUUUGUUUUAAAUGUGUUAAAAAAAAUUUUUUCCCCUCUUGUACUGCGCUUUGAGCCUUUGGGGAUGAAGCGUGUUUUUGAAAUGCACUUUAUUAUUUAUUAUUAUUAAGAUAUCAUCAUUUGUCUCGUAAAUAUUUUCAAGGGAAAAAAACUGAGUCUAUGCCAAAGAGCUCAUUAUUAAUCAUCAUUAAAUUAUAUUAGCUCAACUAGGUUUAUAUCUAUAUUUUGUUUGCCAUUUUUUGAUGGACACAGAGCAUCACGAUUUCUCUGCAAUUCUUACACUUUUAAAUUAAUUCAAUACCGGCCCAUUAUUUGUUGCCAUUUAUUAUAUUAUAUACUGCUUUUUUCAAACAAAAAUGAAGGAAU